UUUUGGUGACGUCUAGCAGCCAUUUGUCUGAUGUCUGCCAGUUAUAGCUUGGGUGCUUCGUAGGCCUAUUAUUCAGAUACUUAUACAUUUAUAAAUUAUUAUCGUUAUAGAAAUAACUGAUUCAAUGUACCGAGAUUUUGAAGCUUUAGAAUUUUAUUUCAGUCUCGUUUAGCGAAGGUUUACAAAAAUUCAACAGAAAAGUAAAAAAGAUGUUGAAAUAUUUCAGUGGUGAAAACUUUCAUCAGUGUUCAGUAUGUGACGAUGUGUUUCAAACUUAUAACCAAUUGGAGAAACACAGUAAAAUACACCUCCAUGUUAAAACAGAAAUAACUGACGAUGUUCUAACUUAUAGAGGUCACAAUUCUAUGGAAUACAAUUACUGCUUUUUACUGAGCGACGAUGUUCUAACUAUUCAUCAGUGUAAAUUGUGUGGUGGAGAGUUUACAUCACAAACCGGUCUACAGAAACAUUGUGAAAGUCACGUUAAAGAAGAGCGUGAUACGUCACAAACCAGCCUACAGAAACAUUACAAAAGUCAUGUUAAAGACGAGCGUGAUACAUCACAGACAGGUCUACAGAAACAUUGUGAAAGUCACGUUAAAGAAGAGCGUGAUACGUCACAGACAGAUCUACAGAAACAUUACGAACGUCACUUUAAAGAAGAACAUUAUACGUCACACACAGGUCUAAAGAAACAUUGUGAAAAUCACGAUAAAGAAAAGCCAGGAAUAUCUACUCAAGUUAAUGGUUUAGAGUCAGACUCAGAGAGAAGUUUUGAUGAAAAUGAAUUUGAUGAAUGUAUAGCCGUUCCUGUGAAAGAUGAAGUUGAUGAGGAUUACUCCAUCAUGGAGACAGAGGCUGUGGAUGAAACUCUCCAACCUGAAAACAGUUUGGUAGAGAACCAGCAACCAAUGUCUGUAGAGAAACACCCACCUGAGAACAGUUCUGUAGAGAAACACCGACCGGAGAACAGUUCUAUCCAAAAACACCGACCUAGGAACAGUUCUAUAGGGAAACGCCGACCUGAGAACAGUUCUAUAGGGAAACACCGACCUGAGAACAGUUCUAUAGGGAAACACCGACCAGAGAACAGUUCUAUAGGGAAACACCGACCAGAGAACAGUUCUAUAGGCAAAUACCGACCUGAGAACAGUUCUAUAGGGAAACGCCGACCUGAGAACAGUUCUAUAGGGAAACGCCGACCUGAGAUCAGUUCUAUCCAAAAACACCGACCUAGGAACAGUUCUAUAGGGAAACGCCGACCUGAGAACAGUUCUAUAGGGAAACACCGACCAGAGAACAGUUCUAUAGGCAAAUACCGACCUGAGAACAGUUCUAUAGGGAAACACCAACUUAAACCCAACAAGAAAAACUUUAAAUAUGAUGACUGUGGAAAAUCCUUUGCUACGAAAAGAGGCUUAGAAAUUCACUCAUUAAUUCAUGAACAGGAGAAGCCAUUUGCUUGUGAUAUUUGUGAUAAAUCUUAUUCUGGUAGUACAAGUCUACGGAAACAUCUUACCGGUCAUACAGGACGGAAACCAUACGAAUGUCGAGUUUGUAAACGAUGUUUUUCUGAAUUCAACAACCUACAAGCACACAGUAAAACUCACACAGAAUUAUUUACAUGUCCAAUUUGCCGUGAAUUAUUUAAAGAUCAACAAAAGUUUCAAACUCAUAUGAAAAAUCAUUCUAUUGAAGAGAGUCCUUAUAAGUGCCGUGUUUGUGGGAGAUGUUUUGCAUCUAAAUUUUCUCUUAGAAAACACGAAACCAGUGAGCACACGGAAGUGAAACGACCUGAGACAAGUGACCUGGAUAAUCAAGAUAAAAGUACAGACGAGAAUCGACCUAAGAAGAGUUUUGGUGAAAGUGGCCUGGAUAAUCUGGAUAAAGGUACCGAUAUUUUUGAGGAAGAGGAAUCGAAUGAGUGUUGUUCAACAAUGUUUCAGAGACCACAAACCAAACAGAACACAACAACGUGUUACCAAGACAGCGAUACUUUAAUAACUACUAGCAGUUGGCUGGUUGACCUGAAGUAGCCUUGGUACCAAGAUGGCGAUACUUUAAUAACUACUAGCGGUUGGCUGGUUGACCUGACGUAGCCUUGGUACCAAGACAGCAAUACUUUAAUAACUACUAGCGGUUGGCUGGUUGACCUGACGUAGCCCUGGUACCAAGAUGGCGAUACAUUAAUAACUACUAGCGUUUGACCAUGAAAUGGAAGUAGCAUAACACUGAAACAGGAAGCGGUAGACCAUCGUCACCAGGCCUAUGUUACUCCCUAGUCCAGGCUACCCCUAUACACUAUAUUUCAGCCUCGGAAGAGCCCUAGUGUAACCGCCAACCCUGAACAGACAGACAAACAAGGGGGAGUUGGAUGGUCGAAUGGUUAGUGCAUGCCGUUGUAUCAUAAGAAUACAGAAGACACUCCUGAUAUUUACAACACACCUGAGAACAGUUCUAUAGAGAAACACCAACAAAAACCAUCCAGCAAAAACUUUAAAUGUGAUGACUGUCGAAAAUCAUUUGAUAAUAAAAAUGACUUAAAAAUUCACUCAUUGAUUCAGGAGAAAACAUUUGCUUGUGAUAUUUGUGAUAAAUCGUAUUCUGGUAGUUCAAGUCUACGGAAACAUCUUACAGGUCAUACAGGACGGAAACCGUAUGAAUGUCGAGUUUGUAAGAGAUGUUUUUCUGAAUUCAACAACCUACAAGCACACAGUAAAACUCAUGCUGUUCAAACUCAGAUGAGACUUCAUUCUUCAGUAGAAACUCCUUUUAAAUGUCCUGUUUGUGGGAGAUGUUUUACGUCUAAAUAUUCUCUUAGAAAACACAGACUUGAGGAGCACGCGAACGGGAAACAAUCCAAGUGUGAUUUUUGUGGUAAAUUAUUAAUUGGUCUUUCGUCUGCUUGCACAUGUCUAUGUCGUGAAGAAAUUCGUGAAGAAAGUCAUCUGGAGGAAGAGGAAGUUAACACAAGUUGUUCAACACUGGAUACAGACCCUGUUGAUGAAGACACCCAACAGCAAAACAGUUUUACGGGGAAAAACCAAAUGAAAAAAGCCAACAAAAACUUUAAUUGUGACAGUUGUGAUAAAUCAUUUGAUACGAAAAAACACCUAAAAAUUCACUCAUUAAUUCAUAAACAAAAGCCAUUUGCUUGUGAUAUUUGUGAUAAAUCUUAUUCUGGUAGUUCAAGUCUAUGGAAACAUCUUACAGGUCAUACAGGACGGAAACCGUAUGAAUGUCAAGUUUGUAAACGAUGUUUUUCUGAAUUCAACAACCUACAAGCACACAGUAAAACUCACACAGAAUUAUUUACAUGUCCAAUUUGUCGUGAAUUAUUUAAAUAUAAAGAUAAGUUUCAAACUCACGUAGAAAAUCAUACGAGACAAGUAACCCCGUUUAAAUGUCCAAUUUGUAGCCGAUUUUUCGCUUCAAAAUCCUCUCUUAAAACACACAGAAUUAACAUGCACACGGACGAGAAGGAAUUUAAAUGUGAUUUUUGCAGCAGAUCGUUCAGAAAGAAUUAUCCGUUACAGUUACACAGGCGGAUUCAUACAGGUGAACGGCCAUUUAAAUGUGAUGUUUGUGAUGAAUCAUUUACCCAGAAUACUUUAUUAAAACAACAUCGUAGAUUACACGUAGGAGGAAAGGUGUAUAAAUGUGACUUCUGCAGUAAAUCGUUUAAUCGACCAAAUCUGCUUGAAUACCACAAAACUCAUACUCUCAACCCCCACUGUAGGCAGAAGUAAAUCAUUUUAUAUUUUAUGCUCCAUUCCCCAGUACAAAUUCAUUUUUACUCCCAACCAAAAAAGUGUUGGGCAUACAUGUAAGUAAUUUAUUUUAUACCCUGAACCCUCAGUGUAGGUGGGGGGGUUGGAUGGCCGAAUGGUUUAGCACAUGCGCGCUGUAUCAUACGGUCUGUCAUUUAGUCAGCUGGUGUGGUUUUGAUACCCUGCUUGUACGUGACAAGGAGUAGGGUCGCCUGUCCAACCUUGUUGGUUUUCUCCGGGUUCCUCCCACCCAAGCGAAUUAAUGAAAUAAAAUUGAACCAUGUGUUAGUCCCAAAAUGACCUAGUUUGUGUCCAGUGGACAUUAAACCCCAUUUCUCUCUCUCCCAGUGUAGGCAGUAUGAAUUCAUUUUAUACUCUGAACCUCCAUCCCAGUGCAAUCAUUUUGAAUUCAUGUAGGUAGUAUGAUUUCAUUUAUACUCUGAUCGAUUUAGAUAAAGAGCUGAUAGUUCUGGCUAUAAUAGAUAAUGAAAAAGGAAUAUGUUGAAAAUUUCAGUCAAAUUACUUCAUUCUGAGUGAAGUUAUUGCAGUUAGAACAGGGUAGUCUUGAUUGUCAUUUCUACCAUUGUUAUGAUAAUAAACAAAGUCUUGAUUGUCCAUUAACAAAGAAUUGUGUUUAAAUAAAAGCAUCUGAUGGGCUAGAUCGUUAUAUAACAUUUAAGACAAAUGAAAGAUCUGCAAUUAGGCAGAUUUAGCUUUUAUAUGAGGCAUCUUUGACCCAAAUGUCAGUUUUCCAUUGUAGUGUCCACCUAAUAUAAGCAACUUCUUUAUGGGUUUUUUUUUGACGGGCUUAAUUAACGUUCAGGUUUACACGUUAGUUUUAUCCAAAUUUUAUUUUGUACCAUCCUCUAGCCAGCAAUGAGGUAAAAAAAAAAACAACCAAAAAAACCCCCCCUCACCUCCUAGCUGUCAGUUCCCAAGAAAUGAAAUGGGGUUUAACAUCCUACUCCUCUGCUCUGACUGGGCUAAUGGGCAGUGGCACAAUGGCCUACUCUUAUAUCGAAUUCCAACUGCCAAUGGACCCUACUCCUUGCCACGUACAACCAGGGAUUCGAAACCACGCCAGUGACUCAAUGACAGACUUUAUGAUACAGCGCACACGUGCUAACCAUUCGACCAUCCAAUCCCCCUCCCCCCCCCCAAAAAAAACAUUUAUAUUGUGUGGCCUGAUAUAUCCCUCUGUGGUGCUGGUCAUAUAAAACAUGGUAGUGACCACAAUACGAGCAGUCGACUGUCACCCCUUGUUUACGUCUAAACUUUGGAUGUCUAGGUAACAAUUAUCAUAGGAACCCAGUGUACAGGCUGUGUAGCAUCAUAAGAAUUCAAAAUAACGAAAUGAAAUGGGGGUUUUAACUUCCUACUGCUCUGCUCCGAACUGGGCUAAUGAAGACAGGCACAUGCCAUACAGUGUGCAAUGGGGAAUUUUGCCCAGACAGCAGCACUAUGGCCUACUUUUAUAUCGAAUUCCAACAGCUGACCUUGUCAGGCCCUCCAUCCUGCACCGCUGACAAGGAGAAACAGCAGACAGCUGUCGGAAUAACUGACCAGAUUGUGUACAUAAUAUGAGGUCAAUACUAGAAUCCGUUCCUGAAAUGAUUGUAUAAUCGUUUAUGGUAUGCAGUGUAAUAGACGAGGAUAUGUAAAAGAACUGGUUAUAAAAUGAUUUUAAUAAAUACAUCUUAGUAAAAACACAAAAUUUAUCAUAAAAGUUACAUGUUAAAAUGCAAAAUGAUUAUUGUUCAAAUGCUGAAAUGACCAUAUCAAUGGAAAUUCCCAACCCUAAAAAUAAGCCACCUGACACAGACAAUGUCAGGCACAAAUCUAGGAUUUGUAUCAAUAAAACACACGCUGAGUACCUAAGUUUCAAUCUGGCCCCAAGUUCACAAAGCAUUCUCAGACUAAUGUUAAGAAUUUACUCAAAAUUGUUCACCUUAUUUUAACUAAAAUAUAGCCCAUUAUAAAACUUUUGUUGUUUUAUUGAAUCAAAUACAUCAAUAAGAAACUACGUAUGAAGUUUUGUGUUUCUGGAUCAAAGAUAUUUCUCAUAAACUGUGAUUGAAAGUUGAGCAAAUUCUCAACUUAAGUCUGAGAAUGCUUUGUGAACUCAGGGCCUGAUUACAACACAGAUCAAUAUUUCAUUUUUUUUUUUUUUUUAAUACUUUUGAUGGCCUCCACUACAUAAAACUCUGACCAGCUGUAGUGGGAGCUCAUGUCAGUGGUCAUAUGAGCGGCUUUUGACCCUAUGACAUCAGGCAUUUGAUUAACCAAUCAGCGUUGAUGUUUCUAGUGGGAUACCCACCUCACAGCAAAAACUAGCUGCAACAGACAGUUUCAUUGGCUAAUCCCUUACUUCAACCAGAACGCGUGUUAUAACAACUCUUUCAGAUCCUGGUAUAGUAAAGACAAGUAAAACGAAUUUUGAAGAACAAAAAACGAAACGAAAUAGGAUCUGUGUUUUAAUCAGAUUGCCUGAGUGAUUUAAACACCCCUUCAGUACCUGAGUGAAUUAAACACCCCUUCAGUACCUGAGUGAUUUAAACAACUCUUCAGUACCGGAGUGAAUUAAACACCCCUUCAGUACCGGAGUGAAUUAAACACCCCUUCAGUACCGGAGUGAAUUAAACACCCCUUCCGUACCGGAGUGAAUUAAACACCCCUUCAGUACCGGAGUUUCUACAGUAAAUAUCAAUCCAUUUAAAUUUUCAACUUAAUACAACACACACUCAGUACUUGGCGUGCAUUACUCUCAUAGAAAUAUCAAUUAAUUAAAUACUUCACUUAAUAAAACAUACAUUCAGUACCUGACAGUAGAAGUCAAUUAAACAUACAUUAUGCAAGAGCUAAAUCUGUCUAUUGUAGGUCUUUCUUUAGGCCUGAAAUGUUAUAAAAACUAUUAAUUAGACAUUAAUUAACUUAUCCAGACCAUAAUCAGCUCUCGAUGUCAAGGCUUGCCUGCGACAUUUGUUGGAUUACAGUCCGAUUUGCUGCAAAACUUUCCUUCGUGAUUAACAAUUAAAUGGAUAAUCAAGACUAUUAGUUUUGUCUUAUCGACUUCAGUAAUGAUGAUCGAGCCUAAGCGGAACUUUCAUCCGCUUAGUUCUCGGUUCAUAGUGGAUCAAUUUGAACGAAAUUUUCAGCAAGUUGCCUUUACAUUAUGUAGUUUUUAACUAUUAUAGUGAUAACUGCCAACUUGUUAUCUAAUCUCCCAUAAUGUAUCUUUAAUAAAUCAUACAUUCAGAACCUGACAGUAGAUGUCAAUUAAUUAAAUGCUCCACUAAAUACAAGACAUGAGAAUUUCUCAAGUAAUUAAAUGUUGAACAUAAUAAAACACACAUACAGUACUUGACAUGAAUUUCUCCAGUACAACUUGCAUGUAAUAAAACACAGUAUCUGGCAUGUAAUAAACACAGUAUCUGGCAUGGAAAU